GCGCGGCGGGCGGGUUUGGAUUUUAAAUCCCCGCGGCCAAUCAGUGGCGCGCAGGCUUUUGUAACGUUCCCGGCGCCGCGUUUGAAUUCGAGGAGGAGCCGAACGGUGUCAAACCUCUACCCAGACCCAGCUAGGUCCGCUGAGCAAUUCCGGGAACAUGAGUGCCGCGGCAACAGCAGGGAAGCUGGCGCGGGCACCAGGUGAGCCUGGGAAAGCCGGGGGUCCCGGAGCUGCAGCUCCUGGGGCCUCGGCGGCCGCUCCGCCGGCAAAGGAGAUCCCGGAGGUCCUAGUGGACCCACGCAGCCGGCGGCGCUACCUGCGGGGCCGCUUUCUGGGGAAGGGGGGCUUUGCCAAGUGCUUCGAGAUCUCGGACGCGGACACUAAGGAGGUGUUCGCGGGCAAGAUCGUGCCUAAGUCGCUGCUGCUCAAGCCGCACCAGAAGGAGAAGAUGUCCAUGGAGAUAGCCAUUCACCGCAGCCUCGCACACCAGCAUGUCGUGGGCUUCCACGGCUUUUUCGAGGACAACGACUUCGUGUUCGUGGUGUUGGAGCUCUGCCGGCGGAGAUCUCUCCUGGAGCUGCACAAGCGCAGGAAAGCGCUGACGGAGCCCGAGGCCCGCUACUACCUGCGGCAGAUCGUCCUGGGCUGCCAGUACCUGCACCGGAACCGAGUCAUCCACCGGGACCUCAAGCUGGGCAACCUCUUCCUGAAUGAGGACCUGGAGGUGAAAAUAGGGGAUUUCGGACUGGCGACCAAAGUCGAAUAUGACGGGGAGCGGAAGAAGACCCUGUGCGGGACCCCGAAUUACAUAGCCCCUGAGGUGCUGAGCAAGAAGGGGCACAGCUUCGAGGUGGACGUGUGGUCCAUCGGGUGCAUCAUGUAUACCUUGUUAGUGGGCAAACCACCUUUUGAGACGUCUUGCCUAAAAGAGACCUACCUCCGGAUCAAGAAGAAUGAGUACAGUAUCCCUAAGUACGUCAACCCCGUGGCCGCCUCCCUUAUCCAGAAGAUGCUCCAGACGGACCCCGCUGCCCGCCCCACCAUUCACGAGCUGCUGAACGAGGAGUUCUUCACUUCCGGCUACAUCCCCGCCCGCCUGCCCAUCACCUGCCUCACCGUCCCACCCAGGUUUUCCCUCGCUCCCAGCAGUCUGGACCCCAGCAGCCGGAAGCCUCUCUCCGUCCUCAAUAAAGGCACCGAGAACCCCAUGCCUGAGCGGCCCCGAGAGAAAGAGGAGCCAGUGGUUCGGGAGACCAGUGAGGCGGCUGACUGCCACCUUGGUGACAUGCUGCAGCAACUCCACAGUGUCAACGCCUCCAAGCCCUCAGAGCGGGGGCUGGUGAGGCAAGAGGAGGCAGAGGACCCCGCCUGCAUCCCCAUCUUCUGGGUCAGCAAGUGGGUGGACUAUUCGGACAAGUACGGCCUCGGGUACCAGCUGUGUGACAACAGCGUGGGGGUGCUUUUCAAUGACUCAACGCGCCUCAUCCUCUACAACGACGGUGCCAGCCUGCAGUACAUAGAGCGCGACGGCACGGAGUCCUACCUCACCGUGAACUCACACCCCAACUCCCUGAUGAAGAAGAUCACCCUCCUCAAGUAUUUCCGGAACUACAUGAGCGAGCACUUGCUGAAGGCGGGGGCCAACAUCACGCCACGGGAGGGCGACGAGCUGGCCCGGUUACCUUACCUGCGCACCUGGUUCCGCACCCGCAGCGCCAUUGUCCUGCACCUCAGCAACGGCUGCGUGCAGGUCAACUUCUUCCAGGACCACACCAAGCUCAUCCUGUGCCCUCUGAUGGCCGCUGUGACCUACAUCAAUGAGAAGCGGGACUUCCGCACGUACCGCCUGAGCCUCCUGGAGGAGCACGGGUGUUCCAGGGAGCUGGCCAGCCGGCUCCGCUACGCUCGCACCAUGGUGGACAAGCUGCUGGGCUCGCGCUCAGCCACCAACCGCCUCAAGGCCUCCUCGUAGGCCCCUCUGGACUGCCCCUGCCCACCCACCCCCCGGACCAUGGCCCGUUCUGGUUCGCGCCCACAGUGUCGGUCUUUAUAGUGUGUCCCCAGCCCUGGGGGCUGGGGACAGCUCUGUCACCCUCACAGGUGGGGGCUGCUGUGUAAGUUAUGGUUGUACAUGCUCAGGUGUGGGUUCUGUGGUCCCCUCCCCUUCCCUGGCCCCACCGCAUGAAUUGUACAGAAUAUUGCGAUUGGAUUCGGGACUGUCCCCUCCUUGCCUUUAUACACAUUAAACACACGUGGAUCUUU